AUGGGCUCCUUCUCCACCAUCACCGCCAGCAUCCUCCUCCUCCUGGCGGUCCAGCUCCCAGGGCAGACCAGAGCCAACCCCGUGUACAGCUCCGUGGCCAACGCCGACCUGAUGGAUUUCAAGAAUUUGCUGGACCAUUUGGAGGACAAGAUGCCGCUAGAAGAUGAGGUCAUGCCCCCACAAGUACUAAGCGAGCAGAACGAGGAAGCUGGGGCAGCGCUCAGCCCCCUCCCUGAGAUGUCUCCCUGGACGGGGGAGGUCAACCCAGCCCCGCGAGAGGGGGGUGCCCUUGGGCGGGGCCCCUGGGACUCCUCCGACAGGUCCGCCCUCCUGAAAAACAAGCUGAGGGCGCUGCUCGCUGCCCCUCGCAGCCUGCGGAGGUCCAGCUGCUUCGGGGGCAGGAUGGACAGGAUCGGAGCCCAGAGCGGCCUGGGCUGCAACAGCUUCCGGGUAAGAGGAACUGGGGAUGGGAACGGGGUGGGGAGGAAGGAAGGUGUGGUUCCGUGGAGUCUCGCGCCUCAUCUUAGAAGCCACCACCACGGGGACGCCUUCCGCAGGAGAGGGACCAGCAUGGGCGCUACUCCCUUGGAAAUGUCUGCCCCAACGGGGGGCCUGUCCCAUGAAUCUAGGGACCGUGGCAUCAUCCUCAGCUACAGCUUGCUGAGAAAAAACGUUACUGCCAAGUCGCUAUCAUACUGCUGGUUGGCAGGCGAGGUUCCUCCCCAGAACUGUCAGAUCCCAAAGGUCAAUUGA